GCUCGCUCCGCCACAAACGCCCACCGACCCGACCCGACCCCGACCACGACCCGUCCAGACGGAGGCCCCACUUCGCGCCCCGACGUUAGUAAGUCUGGAGCCAUCAUCAUCAUCACCUUCGCCUCAAAAAGAAAGAAAGCCUCUUUCCCCCUCUCUCUCUCUCGCGUCCCGUCACUGGCAAAACCUCCCACCACCAUUUUCCGCCAUACCCAUCUCCAUCCGUUCCAGCAAUGGCCGAUGUAGCCGCGCCGCCGCCGCCGCCGCCGCCGCCGCAAGAGACGGAGGAGCUCCCGCCCCCGGAGCCGCCGCUCGCGGAGCCGCCGAGGGAGCAUGCUCCAGCGGAGCAGGGGGAGCUGCCCCCGGCGGAGCCUGCGCCGCCAGCCGCCGCCGCGGUGGCGAUGACCACGGCGGUGGAGUCCGAGCUGCUGGAGAAAGCGCCGCCGGCCCACGAGGAGGUCGUCGUCUCUGUCGACGCCACCAAGAAGCCGGAGCCGCCGGCCGAGCCGCGGAAGGUCACGCAGCCCUUUGCUUCCUUCAAGGAGGAGAGCAACAAGGUCGCCGAUCUCUCCGAUCCCGAGAGGAAUGCUCUGGAGGAGCUGAAGCAGCUCUUCCAGGAAGCGCUCAACUCCAACACGUUCUUCUCCAAGCAAGCCCCAGAGCAAGAACCCGAAACCGGCGAUGCUUCCGUCUCCGCUGGAGAAGCCUCCAUCUGGGGGAUCCCGCUGCUCAAGGACGAGCGGACCGACGUCGUCCUGCUCAAGUUCCUCCGGGCUCGUGACUUCAAGGUCAAGGACGCGUUCGUCAUGCUGCGGAGCACGGUCCGCUGGCGAAAGGACUUCAGCAUCGACGCCUUCGUGGACGAGGACCUCGGCGACGAUCUUGAGAAGGUCGUGUUCAUGCACGGCCACGAUCGGGAGGGCCAUCCCGUGUGCUACAACGUCUAUGGGGAGUUUCAGAACAAGGAGGUGUAUCAGAAGACGUUCGCCGACGAGGAGAAGCGGGCCAAGUUCUUGCGGUGGAGGGUCCAGUUCUUGGAGAGGAGCAUCCGGAAGCUCGAUUUCAAUCCGGGUGGCACUUGCACUAUUUUUCAGGUGAGCGAUCUCAAGAAUUCCCCGGGACCGGGGAAGCGCGAGCUCCGGAUCGCCACCAAGCAGGCUCUCCAGAUGCUUCAGGACAACUAUCCCGAGUUCGUGGCCAAGCAGGUGUUUAUCAAUGUUCCCUGGUGGUAUCUGGCGUUUUACGCAAUGGUCAGCCCUUUUUUGACCCAUAGGACCAAGAGCAAGUUUGUGUUUGCAAGCCCCUCGAGAACCGUGGAGACGCUUUUCAAGUACAUUUCUCCUGAGCAAGUACCGGUGCAGUAUGGUGGCCUGAGCGUAGAUUAUUGCGAUUGCGAUCCCGAAUUUACUGUUUCCGACCCUGCAACCGAGAUGACAGUUAAGCCGGGGACCAAACAAAUUGUGGAAAUCAUGAUCUAUGAGAAAUGUGUUAUCACUUGGGAGCUCCGUGUUGUUGGGUGGGAAGUCAGUUAUGGUGCUGAGUUUGUGCCUAACACUGGUGGAUAUUCAAUCAAUAUCCAGAAGCCCAAGAAGAUGUCACCUGCGGAUGAGCCGGUGGCGCAUGGAACCUUCAAAGUUUCGGAACUUGGCAAAGUGUUGCUCACUGUUGAUAACCCUACCUCAAAGAAGAAGAAGCUUCUCUACAGGUUCAAGAUUGACCUAUUGGGUGAUUGAGCCUGCAAAAUUAAUCAUAGUUAGCCAAACGCAAUAUAUUCUCGGAUAUAUUGGUGAGUAAGAAGUCUCUGGUGCUCAUAUUUGUCCUCUCUCCUGGAGAAAGUUUGAUUGGCGGUCAAUCCUUGUACAUUAUGUGUCACAUCUUCCUUUUGUUUAGUUCAUCUAUUUGCGGUUUGGAUUUUGAGGUUUAGGCUUUAGCUUUUUUGAACCCUUUUUGUUUUUCACAUGGUCGCCAUUUCUUGUUUUCCCCUCCUGGUGAUGAGAGGCACGAUCUGGAAAAUUUUGAAUUUGGAGUACCAACUUGCUCCCAGUGGCUAUGUUGGAUACCUCUAGGUGAAGGUGGGAAGAUAUCGCCAUGGAGACACUAGUGGUAUAGUGUGGCAUCUGUAUUGUUUUUUUUCUGUUCACUGUUGAAUGUGAUUUGCAUUUGCUCUUGAUGUACAUUAAUGGAAUGUGCUUGAAGUUUACAUA